UGUAAAAUGGCAACGUUUAAUUUACAAAUCGAUAUUGAUGGAUGUUUGUUGGGCUACAAAAGACUUUUGUUCGACCUGGAAAAAAAUGCUUUGGAUUAUAUACAGCAAGCUGCUGGUACUAAUGAUUGUAUUAGCACUAUAAUUGAGUUUCUGACCAAUUGUGUAGAACAAGGUAUUGUUCAAAUGAAUGUGGAAGAACUCAAAAACAAAGGUGUUCAAAUUACAGUUUCAAUUCCAAAAAGAAGUAUAAUCUUCUCUACUUCAGUUAAACCAAUAAAUGUGCAAAAUAUUAAGAAUAAUCCGUGUCGUGAAACUAUUGAUUGGGAUAAUAUUAGUUCCCAUAGUGAAAAUGAAGAAGUAGAUCAACCCAGUAAAAUAACUUCUGAUGCUGAUGCUAAUGCUAAAACUACCAUUGAAGAAUGUUCUGAUGAAACUUCUUUCAAAAAUCAGGGUGAAAGAGAAACUACACAUCAAAGUAUUUUCACUGAAGGUAUGACCAAAUUUAUGUUGGAAAAGUAUGGGAAAUUUAUGAAUUUUGUUGGGCCAAUGAGGAAAUUUAAAAAGAAAAUGGAUAUGUGGAAACAAAUUGCUAAAGAUAUGGAAGAAGAAGUUGGUGUAAAAUUUACACAUGUACAAAUCGAAAACCGAUAUAAAACGAUAAGUAAAAGGAAAAAAAUAAUUGUUGAUAAUAACAGAAGUACAGGUGCAGCUAGAAUGGAUGAUGAAUAUGAAAAUGAGUGGAAACAAAUAACAAAUAAAGACGAUAGCAUCAUUCCAGAAGUCAUGCGAAGUACAAAGGUUGUUGUUAUUAAUAAAAAAGAUUAUACACAACCUAAACUAAAAAAAAUUAAAACAGAUAGCACACAAACAAUGUUGCUGAAGUUUUUAAAGGAAAAAGAAGAAUCCAAAGAAAGACGCCAUCAGGAAAAAAUGGAGCUAAUAAGAUCUCUUUUAAAUAAAUAA